ACUAUACUACAAAUAUCUUCCUCUUCCCGAUCCGUCAAAAACAGUUCUCUCUCUGUUUGUGUGAAAAGAAAAAAGAGAAAAUUUUGAGCGGCGGAGAGAAUCAGAGAGAGAUGGCGCCGCCGGAAACGGAGGGGCAAGUGCAGGAAGGAAGGCCGCAACAGCAACAGCAACAGCGGGGAGGGUUCUCUCAGAUGCUAACGGGUGUGAUAAGGAUGGCAGUGUUUUGGUACUUCGCUUCCAAAUUCUUCUCUCCCAAACGCCCCUCCGGCUCUGAGCCCUCCCAACUCAUCUCCAAUAUCUUCCAAAAGGCCGAGACCCUGGAUAUGUGGUUGUAUGUUUCUGAACAUGAAAAGUUCAAUGACUUUGGCAAUGAACACGCGCUUAUUUGGCAAGAAAGUAAUAUUCCGUAUGCGGUUUGGGGACCAGAGAGUACCAGGUCUCUUUCUUUGAAGUAUUAUCCAUCUGAGGCUUUGAAGCACAAUGGAAGUCUGUAUGCUCACAUUUUCUUUGCACGCUCCGGUUACACCCCAGACCCAAAUGAUCCAGAGUACCAACCUCUGGCUGCUUUUGGAAAAACACACUCUAUUAUAACAUACUUGCCCAAGUCAAAAACGGACAAAAGGAAGAGUUUAUUGGGGAGCUCCAAAGGUUCUGAUGAGGGUGAAGCAUUGACAGAGGUGGUUGAUGAUACUCAAGGUGAUUCUAAAGAUGAUAAACCUGUUGAAUGGGUUUCGUCUUGGAAACCAAAUAUUACAAUCAAUUUAGUGGAUGAUUUUACACGAUACCCUCAUAAUGCUGUACCACCAAAUGUUGCUCCUUACUUGAAUGUUGAGCCUAGUACAGGGAACUACUACCCAACCAUCUUCUUCAAUGAGUUCUGGUUACUCAGAGAUAAGUUCAUACAAAUUAAUGAGACAGUGACAGAAUUGCCGCUUAAUCUGGAGGUGGGUCCCAUAAGCAUGACCAAGUGGCAACUAUUCUUGCAGAUUGACCAAUCUUUCCAGAUUCACCGUAGUUAUGGAAGCAUGCUCGAGGGCGAGGCUGAUGAGUUGAAGAGGGUUUUCUUGGAAGGAAAUCCAUACCUCCUGGUAAUCACAAUGGUCGUUUCAUUACUUCAUUCAGUGUUUGACUUCUUCGCAUUCAAGAACGAUAUCCAAUUUUGGAACAAAAAUAAAUCUAUGGAAGGACUGUCUGCAAAGUCUGUUGUUGUGAGCUUUAUAUGUCAGCUCAUUGUUUUCCUCUAUCUACUUGAUAAUGACACCUCAUGGAUGAUUCUUGCAAGUUCUGGAGUUGGCUGCUGCAUAGAGUUCUGGAAAAUUGGGAAAGCCAUGCACAUAGAGGUUGAUAGAAGUGGGAAAAUACCUAUGUUAAGGUUCCGGGAUCGUGAGUCCUAUGCUGGGAAUAAGACAAAGGAAUAUGAUGAUAUUGCAAUGAAGUAUUUGUCCUAUGUGCUCUUCUUCCUUGCUAUUUGCUCAUCUAUUUACUCGCUCAUGUAUGAACGCCACAAGAGCUGGUAUUCUUGGAUUCUUUCUUCACUGACAAGCUGUGUAUACAUGUUUGGUUUCAUAAUGAUGUGCCCUCAAUUGUUCAUAAAUUAUAAGCUGAAGUCUGUGGCUCAUCUACCCUGGAGGCAGAUGACAUACAAAUUCCUCAACACCAUCAUUGAUGAUCUCUUUGCCUUUGUCAUAAAAAUGCCAACACUACAUCGGCUGUCCGUAUUUCGUGAUGAUGUUAUAUUCAUGAUAUAUCUGUACCAGAAGUGGAAAUAUCCAGUUGACAAGAAACGUGUAAACGAAUUUGGUUUUGGUGGUGAGGAUGAUCAGGUUGCGGAUGGUGCAGAGGUGGCUGCUACAAAGGAAGAUGAUAAGAAAACCAACUGAAAUGUUUUGUUUUUUUUUUUCAAUUUAUGGCCCAAUCGAAACCCUGUUACAGUUGCGCAACUGUAAUAUUUAGUUAGGAUAACUUUAUUACUUAUUUCUCGUUUUGUUUUACGCAUUUUCUUUAGAGUGUUGUUUCAGAAAAAGAAAAAAGAAGUUUGGUUCUAGCCUUCCAGGCCAUUUGGCUUCUCUUCUGGAAGAAUUUUAUGGCCCAGGAGGGUAAGAGAAUGUGUGUUUUGAUUUUUUUUUUUUUAUUUUUAAAUCAAGUUUUGAUGUAAUCCAUCAAUUAUGCAACAGUUUUGUAAACAUGCGCCUUUUUGUAGUAUGUCUUAAACCAUCAUUUUUACCAUUA